AUGUUCAGCAACCUAGAGGACCUAGACUUUGCAGACGACCUUGCAGAGAUCUCAGGGAACAAGACCCAUCUACAAGAGAAAAAAACAGAUCAGCUGAACAAAUUUGCCAAACAAACUGGUUUUAACAUCAACACCAAAAAGACCAAGGUGAUGACAAUAAAUGCUCCAGUGGAACCUGUGGUUUUAAAUGGAGAGCUGCUAGGGGAGGUGGAGGACUUCACCUACCUAGGAAGCAUACUUAGCAAGGACAACGGUGCCGGGAAAGACAUAAAGGCAAGACUCAACAAAGCACGUGCAACAUUCGCCCAACUCCAAACCAUCUGGAAAUCAAACAGCUACAGUCUGAGGACCAAAGUCCAACUUUAUAACAGUAAUGUGAAAUCAGUCCUCCUGUAUGGGUCUGAAUACUGGCGUGUUAUAGACAGUGAUAUGAGAAAAGUUGAGGCCUUCCACAACAGCUGCCUUAGAAAAAUAAACAGAAUCUUUUGGCCAAACAAAAUCAGUAAUAAAAACCUACACCAAAAGUGCAAAAGUAAGAACAUCAGCACAGAGAUAAAACAAAGAAGAAUAAGAUGGCUUGGUCACGUAAUGAGAAUGCCCCAGAACAGGAUUCCCAAAGUAGCUCUACACUGGACACCAUCUGGAAAGAGGAAAAGAGGCAGACCACGUACCACCUGGAGGAGAACCGUAACAUCAGAACUUGAGGAAAUGGGCUACUCAUGGGGACAGGCACAGUACAGUGUAUAUUGCCAAGGACAGAGUUAG